AUGUUGUCGCGAUGGACGCGCUCUGCGCGCUCAGUCGUGUGUACUACAAGCGUCCUUCGCCCGAAGCUCCGAUCGUUUUCGCACACAGCGCCACGUCCCACGUCCCCGGCCCUAGGCUCGGCGCUGGAGCAGCUCCAAUCGCUCUUCCAGCCAACGUCCCCCUGGGUGACGCGCCUUGAGCAUGCCAAGCUGGCCGUCACAGCACCUCAUCCACACCGUGUGGCGUUUGUCGGCCCACCUGACCUGACGCACCGGCUUGUCGAUGUGAUCCUCCAAGAGCCGCUCGACGAGACUGUGAUGCGUGCGAUUGCAGAUCGCCCACGCACGCCUUCGACGCGGAUCGUGUUUGGUGCUGAUGUGCCCACAGCACAAGAUACGUGGCCGAGCUCCUCCUCCCACACGCUAUCUCUUCCGCUCGGCUGGCUGCGUGGCAUGGAAGUGCUGGAAUGGACAGACUUGCAGCGCGAUACAGAGACGUACACGGCCCUGCUGGCCUGCGAUGCUGUGUACUUUGUGCUGGAUACAGGCGCCUUGGAACGUCAGGAAGCCUCCGCGGCGCAGGUCUUGCGGCUCGCUGAGCUGCUCUCCGACAAGCCAGAUGCGAUGCUGCUUGUCAACGUGGAUGUGGCACAAGCGUAUGGCCAAACGGCCGCCGCGACUUGGGACUUGGCGGUGCAAACGGCCAUCCAACACCUCCCACCUCACUUGCUGCACCGCUUGCAAGAGACACAUGGGAUGAAUGACGUACGUACACCCCUGCCCGGCGUGAAGUUUGUCUCGACGCGGUUGGCCGCGCAAGCGCGAUCCAUCCUCCCUACGGACGGCUUUCAUGAAUUCACGCGGCAGUUUCAAGCAUCGCGCUUUGCUGCGCUGCACUUGAUGCUUACUCGUCAUAUUCCACCGGCGUUGCGUGCGUGGUACGUCGCGAAGACAGCCUUGGAAUCGGUCACAGACGCUGAGCAGAUGGAGACCGAGCGUCUCGCUACAGCCGAUGGGUUUGCUAGCGUCCUUCAGACGCAUGCGAAGAACGACAUGCAGCGUGUAUCGCAGCGCAUUGCACCCCCUGCGGAUGGAAGUGUGCAUCCCAAACCGACAUGGCAGCGAAGUGGGGACCAAAGUACGUCCCUUCGUGGCCUAUUGGCUGAUUCCCGCGAUGCUGUGCAGGAGACGCUGGCACGUAGUUUCCCAUGGUGGCGUUUGCCAUGGCGUGCCGAUGAGCUUCGUCUUUCUCUUUCCUAUGUCAUUGGCCGCAGUUUCGGUGCGUCGGAAGAGACGCGCUUGGCGUACGAAGCAGGGCGCCUGCGCGAUGUGGCGCGCCGUCAAACGGACUAUACACAGGAAGCCUUGGACCAGAUGCGUCAGCGCGACACACGCGUAGCGCAUCGCGAGGCCUUGGCAGACCAGACGCGACUUGAUGCCGAGACGCUGCGGAAUGCACUGCAUGCGUUUGAGGACCGCCAGAUGGGCGCGCUCUUGCAUGCCUAUUGCCUGUCCGAGCCGCUCGUGCACCGUCGGCAGCAGCUCCUUGCGCCUGGCGGGCCCUUGGACCGCAUGGCAAUGCGUGCGCAAAAGCUCGUCGCACGUACGAUGCUCGGUCUGGGCGCUACAUACUCGGUGUGUGGCCUCGGGGCCGUGGCGCACAGUUCUCCUGCGGUUGUCACAGUCCCUACGACCACGCUGGGUACGGCCAUCGCCACCAGCUCCUGGGUCCCAGCGUGGACGUGGUCUUCGUGGCUCUCUAUCGUGGAGAUGGCGCCCAGCACUGCCGGGGCGACAGCGCUGUUGGCUACAGCCCUCGGCGCUUGGUACCUCCAGGGGCAAUGGUCGCGAUUGAAGCGCGCUUUCUGGCGCGAUUGGGACCGCACAGCCGAGGCAGCGGAGCGUGAGCAGCAGCAAAACGCGCACGACAUUCUCCAAGCGCUCGUGUUUGGGGCACCGCUCCAAGUAUCCACGCAGCUGCAUGAGCAAGUCCAGACACGACGACUGCAACAGGCUUCGCGCCUUUCGGAGCUGAACCGGCUGCGGGAGAAAAUCCAGGCGCUGCCCAAACCCACAUAG